GGGAGCCGGGCCCUGCGGGCGGGGAGCGUCUCCGGACGCGCCCCGGGCAGAGGAGGAUCCAUAGCUGGGCCGCCCUGAGACUGUCCGUUGCCCGGGGAGGAGCAUGGAGGGUGAGCAGGAACCGACUUCGGGCUUCCGAGCCACCAGAUCCCAGACAAAAGAAAAAAAGAAAACACGAGGAAAAAAAGCAGAACAACCAGUCAACACAAUGAGAAAGUCUGAAAACAUGAAUAACAGCCAACAGCCGUGGGCCUCCCAUCUCUGCAGAAGGGCCUCGGUGACCUUCAAGGACGUGGCUGUGGACUUCACCCAGGAGGAGUGGGGCCAACUGGACCCUUCUCAGAGGAGCCUCUAUCGAGAUGUGAUGCUCGAGAACUACGAGAACCUUGUCUCCCUAGGGCUUCCUGUAUCCAAACCUGACGUGAUCUCCCAGUUGGAGAGAGGAAAAGUACCUUGGAUGCAAGAUGGAGAGUUCCUCAGAGGCAUUUGCUCAGAUUCUUAUAUUCAAGAGACUACAUCUGAAACUAAGGACUUUACUCCAAAGCAAAGGAUUUAUAUAAGAGUACCAUCCCAAGGAAGACUCAAAAAAGAUGAUCCCAAGAUGGAGAAGACAUGGGAAUAUGAUGUCAGGUUAGAGAGAAAAAAGAGCAACCAGAAGAAACAAUCCAGACAAGUAACAACCGCUCCAAAAAAUCUUGCCAAACAGAGGCAUUUCGUUGAAAGUAAUGCAGAUGGGAGAAAGUUUACUUUAGGAUCAGUCUUUGUUCCAAAACAGAAUGUUCCUUUAGGAAAAAAUCACCAAAAUUAUGGCUCACAAGGAAACAGCAUCAAACCAAUUUCAGAUCUAGUUAAACAUAGUAAAAUCUCUAAAGGGAAGACCCUUUCUAAAUAUAAUUGUAAGAAGUCCUUCACUUAUCACUCAGAUUUUGUUCAGUUUCAUAUGGUGCAUUCUGGAGACAAACCAUGUAAAUGUAAUGAAUGUGAGAAAGCCUUCAGUAAGAGCUCACAUCUCGCUGAAGACGAGAGAAUUCAUCCUGGAAAGAAAAAUGAAUGUAAGAAAGAGUUAAGCCAUAGCGGAAGCCUGUCUCAAAAUAAGAGAGCUAAUAUUGGAGAGAAACCCUUUAAAUGUCAUUAUUGUGGGAAGGCCUUUAAUAACAACUCAAGUCUGGUCCUCCAUCUAAGAAUUCAUACUGGUGAGAAACCCUUUGAGUGUAAUGUUUGUGGCAAGGCCUUCAGCCAGAGGGGAAAUCUCAAUGAACAUAAGAAAAUUCAUACUGGAGAGAAACCCUUCAAAUGUAAUGAAUGUGGCAAAGCCUUCAGUAGCAAUUCUAGCCUUACUCUGCAUCAAAGAGUUCACACUGGAGAAAAACCUUUUAAGUGUAGUGAAUGUGGGAAAGCCUUCAGCCAGAGGGGAAACCUCAAUGAACAUAAGAGAACUCAUACUGGAGAAAAACCUUUUGAGUGUAAUGAAUGUGGGAAAGCAUUUAGCCAAAGGGGACAUCUUACUGAACAUCAGAGAAUUCAUUCUGGAGAGAAACACUUUGAAUGCAGUGAAUGUGGAAAAGCUUUCAACCACAGAGUAUCCCUUAUUGAUCAUCAGAGAAUUCAUACAGGAGAGAAACCCUUUGAGUGUAAUGAAUGUGGGAAAGCUUUCAACCAGAGAGGACACCUUAAUGAACACAAAAGAAUUCAUACAGGCGAGAAACCUUUUGAAUGUAAUGAAUGUGGGAAAGCCUUCAUCCAUAAGGGAAGCCUUACUGAGCACCAGAGAAUUCAUGCUGGAGAGAAACCUCUUGAAUGUAAUGAAUGUGGCAAAACCUUCAGCCACCGGACUUCCCUCUAUUCUCAUCUGAGAAUUCAUACUGGAGAGAAACCCUUUGAAUGUAAUGACUGUGGGAAAGCUUUCAGCCAUAAUGCAUCUCUUAUUUAUCAUCAGAGAAUUCAUACUGGAGAGAAGCCUUUUGAAUGUAAUGAGUGUGGGAAAACCUUCAGCCAUAGAAGAUCCCUUCUUCAUCACCAGAGAGUUCACACUGGAGAGAAACCUUUUCAGUGUAAUGAAUGUGGAAAAGCCUUCAGCCAGCGAGGGAACCUUUUUUACCAUCAGAGAAUUCAUACUGGAGAGAAACCCUUUGAAUGUAAUGAAUGUGGAAAAGCUUUCAGUCAUAGUACAUCUCUUAUUUAUCAUCAUCGAGUUCAUACUGGUGAGAAACCCUUUGAGUGUAGUGAAUGUGGAAAAGCCUUCAGCCAGAGGGGGCAACUUAAUAAGCAUCAGAGAAUUCACACUGGAGAGAAACCUUGUAAAUGUAAUGAAUGUGGAAAAACUUUCAGUCAGACAGGACACCUUCUUAGACAUCAGAGAGUUCAUACUGGAGAGAAACCCUUUGCAUGUAAUAAAUGUGGUAAGUCUUUCAGCCAGAGAGGAAGCCUUGUUCUGCACCAGAGAAUUCAUACUAGAGAGAAACCCUUUCAAUGCAGUGUGUGUUCAAAAGCCUUCAGUCAUAGGACAUCCCUUAUUUGUCAUCAGAGAGUUCACAAUGGAAAAUAAGCCAAUAAAUAUAAUGAAUUAGAAACUCCUUCAGUUUUGGUCAUCCAUGAUGACCAUAACUAUCUUAUGGUGGACAGAAGUUACUGAGAACCAACUAAUUGGGUAAAUCUUAGCCAUAAGGGGACACCUUGCUAAAUAUCAGAAAAUUCACAGUAAUGGGAAACCCAUAAGUGUGAUACCUGUGAGAACACCUUCAGCACUAGCUGAAACCUGCAAGCACCCAGAGAAUUCAUAUCGAAGAUCCUCCUUAUAAAAGUCAUGACAGACAAAAACCUUUAUAGUUCAUGCUGCAUUAGACAUCAGAGGCAUUAUGUUGGAGAUUAACAAUUAAUGAUAGGGAGGAAAUAUUUUGGGGAAGGCUUCAUGAAGAUCUGCCACUUGUCAAAUACUAUAUAGUUAAGCUGGGAAUAUUCCCCACCAAUUACAUUGUUGUUUGCUGCUUUAAGAGAAAAAGCAUACCUUCCUUUAUCAACCUUCCUGUAAUACACAUCAGUUGCCUUUAAUAACAAGUUCUGUAAUAAGUAUGCUCAAGUAGGAUCUGAAAAAGCAUUUGUGUAACUUAAGGUUACCAAAAAAUGCUUAGUAAAACCACUGAAGUGUUACAUUUAUUUAGUUGCAAGGAAUUCUAUUCUCCCCAUAUUUUUUCCUCUUAAAAAUUCUAAACUCACUAUCCAGCAACAAUCCAGUUGCACAAGCAAGCAUAAAACAUUAUUAAUUGUACAUGAAACUGUAGGUACCAUUCUUUGCUUUUUAAGUAAAAAUGUGUCUAUUCACUUCAGCAGGUCAGCAUGGAAUACUGGGUGGUGGACUCUGCCAUUUAUACCAUUGUUACUUUUCCCUUCUCUGUAUAAAGAGUAAUUGCCUAGGAGUUAAAUAUUAAGAGCUCUUUCUAUUGAGGUUGCCAAAAGUCUUCUAGUCACCCAAAUUUGCAUCCUUGGAGUCACCUUUCCUUCUCCAGCCUCUUAACCUAUAUGCUAUUGACUCUUAUAGUUUCCAGUUCCUCAGUUUGUUUUAAAUCUGUCCACUUCUUUCCACUCUUAGUUUGGAUCCUUAUCCUCUCUCACUUGGACUACUCUAGUAGCUUCUUGAUUGCUCUCUCUGUCCCUUCUCUUCUUGAACAGUUUUAUCCAAGUGGUGAAAUCACCAAACUAGGUUGCAAGUAUUUGAGGAGCAGGAUUUGAAGACCUUUAGAUGAGUUUUUUAUAUCUUGAAGUAAUGGAAGAAUCAAAGGGGAUUUUUUUUUAAAAGCUAUUGGUACAAGCAAAGUAUAUAUAAUGAGAUCUUAUGAGCAGGACAGGUUAUGGUAUAAUAUAGGUGGCUUGAGGAUAAAAAGCUGACUUUGGAGGAAGUAAAUUUUUUUUAAGACUAUUAACAUGUAAGAUUGUUUUUUUUUUUCCUCCCAAUCUCUGUUUUUCCUUAGCAAUUAGUUAAUCUCCUUUAAAAUGAGUAGUUGUUGUAAGCUGUCAUUGCUGUGGCCACAAGAGAAAUUCCUGUCUCCUACCCAACCUUUGCUGAAAGUCCAAAAGAAAGUUUGAUAAAAGGGAGAAGGAUACAAAAAGUGUAAAGGCGUUUCCAAAGCUCGCUCAUGUAAAACAUAGUUCUACUGAAUCCACAUACCCUGAAUUAGUUGACAAUCAUGUAUGAGUCAGCCCCAGUCACUGGAGACCAGUUUUUGGCAUCCUCCCAAAAAUGCUCUCGGGUAAAUGGCUAGUUCCAGGAGAGGUCCUCAGAAAUCUCAUCAAAUGGAUGAAUUCUCAAAUUGAGCAAAAGUUCUUUUGAUCACCUCUACUACAAAAAAAAAAGUAUCUCGUGCUUAAAAAGUGUUUCUUACUCUGUUUUCUUCUGUUCAUUUUAAAUCAUCCAGGAAUGCUACGUUUUGUCGGACUCUUCUAGAAUAUAUUCAUAUAGUGUCGAUUUUUUUGUUGUUGAUAUGCUGUAAUAUGUUGAUAAUAUUGCCUAUGUGUACCAACAUUUCAUUCAUGCAAUAAACCCUGCUUAGUGAUUAGGAUAUAAAUUCCUCAAGGCCAUGGUAUGUUUUUUGUUUUGUUUUGUUUUGUUUUUAUCCCCAGUACUUAGCACAGUAUUUGGCAUUUAGUGCUAAUUAUUAAGUGAUUAAAUAAUGCUUGUUGAUUAACGUUGAAUAAUUUUGUUCCCAUAUUUGGAAACUAAUGUCGAGUAUUUCUGCAUGUAUAUUAAAUAGAAAAUGUCUUAAAAUUUUA